ACAACAUUAAUCAGUAUUUCCGUCUACGUGCUUGAUUUUGUUUUGUUAUUGAAAUUUGUUUGUAAUGCUGACGUGUUGAUAAGUUUUAUGAAUUAUUUUUGAGUGAAAAUUGAAGGAAAACUUUAAAAUAAAAUCAUGGAUCCAACACAGAAUGCGGCACCACCUGAAAAUGAAACGCCUGAGGUGGUUGUCAACAUUUUUUCAUCGUUAUUAGAGAUAAUACAGGGUUAUGGCUGGUUUUUACUGAUUGGUGGUGUAGUAGCAAUAUAUCUUAAACAGAAAUUGAAUCCUACUUUAGAACGGAUGGCUAAACAGAGAGAGGAUAGAAGUGAAUAUAAGAAGUAUGAUAGUGACACAGCUCAGAAAAGAUUAGAAGCAAUGGAGAAAGCGAGGCAAAAGUUACAAAGUCAGUUUGAUGAACAAGCAUCUAAAUUUGCAGAAGAACAAAAAGCUAAAGAGGAGGCCAAAAGACAGGCAAAAAUAGAAGAUUGGGAUAGACAUCAAGAAGGCAAAGGUUACAGGUCAAAAUUCAAGCCUGAGGAAUCAGCAUCUUCUAGUUCUGGUCCAUCAACUUCAUUUUCAAAACCAAAAAAUAAAAAACCUUUACGCCCAACAGAUUAUAAUCCGUUAAUGGGUAGUGGAGGAGACAGUUGUAGUUACAGACCAACACGACGUGGAGGAGCUGGAGGAGGAUGAGGUUAAUUUGUGUGUUUUGUCAGUUCUUCCAAGGACAUCUUACCUUGAAAUACAACAGUAUUUGAGGAAGGAAAGACAGACACACAUAAUUAUAACUUGACCUUUAACCUCAAUAUUAAGAGAUUCUUACACAUUAUGACAAAUUGCAAUUUUUGUAGCAUUUGGUGUUUCUAGGCAAAACUUUUGCCCCUUGCCUUAAAUGUAUACCCAUAGAAAAAACGUACCAUGUUACUCUCAAAGCAACCAAAGUAUUAUGUUGACGUUAUUAAGUUCUGGGGGAUCACGUGGCUAAGUGGGUAAGACGCUGGCUCCCUAGCCUGGAGGGCGGGUGUUCGAUCCCUGCAUUGGCCGAGAAAGUUCAUCCAGAUUUUCUGGCGUGGUUUCCCCUUGUCAGUGAUGCAGGACGGAGGGCCUGACAAGGACAGCUGUCUAGUCAUUCGGAUGAGACAAAAAACCGAGGUCCCGUGUAUACAUUGGAAUGCACGUAAAAGAUCCCUUGGCAGUUGGAAUUCGAUAUAAGAGUAGGCGAUAGUGCCGCUGCCCGGGCAAAAUUUCCCCCAUAGCACACUGUAUGGCGUAUGCCCGUCUUCAUUAGCCCAGGUUAGGAGCAGAACAGUAGGACGUUAAACCCCAUUUCAUUUCAUUUAUUAAGUUCUAUUUCAUCUGACUGCAAUGAAUAAAAGUCUUUACAAAAAAAAGCGCUCAGUGUGUAUAUGCUAGAGAGUUUUUGCUGUAACUUAUUGAUAAUGUAGUCUUAAUCCACCACCAGCCAACAAUGCACUAUGCAUAGAGGCUACUUCCAACUUUUGGUGAAGGACAUUUUACAUCUCAACUAAAGAUGUAAAUCUGUAAAUACAAUUUGAAACAGCUUGGGCUGGAGCGAUUAAAACCAAUAUGUAGGAAUCUCUUUAUAUUGAUGUCUUGAACAACCAGGUGAUUUUAAGACAGGAACAAAAUCGGCAAAUCGUUACAUUUAAUACCUUACAAGUUUGGGAUGAAGUAAGUGCAUUCCUAAUGUUUAGCAAAUUAAUAUUUUUCAAUUGAUUUACCAAAAUUUCAGCAAAUUUAUAAUUUUGAAUUUUAUUACCUGAUUUAUAAGUAAUGGGUGUAAAUUAAUCCAUUCAAAUUUUUAAAAUUAUACAAGUGUUAAUUGUUGCAUUCUGCAUCAUUAUGUCAUAUUAAGCAUCAGCGCUACACUUAUUGACUUGUAGCUAUUGAAUAUCAGAGGUUUACAUCAAAAUUCUCAAAGACCUGAAGCUUUUCAAAAAAUUUCUGUUAUAAAGCAAAAGAUCCACAUUAAUUUCUGCCAUUUUAAGACUAAAUAGCGUUAAAAUGGAAUCAGAUUAAAAUUUGAUUUUUUUCCUUGGUUGCUGGAGUCGGUGAAGUGGACCAGAUUUUUACUAAUGUUAGAAAGGAGCUUGAUCCAUGAACAUAAUCUCUCACUUCCAGAAUUUCACAUUUUCUAGUAUUGAACACUGUUAAGGCUUCUUUGCACCUUGUGACGGUUGUUUGAAAUUGCUCGGAAAAGUAUAUAUUUCUUGAAGCAAUAUUAUAAUAUAGAAACUGGUUUAUUCCAAGCUAAAAGCAGUGCCAUUAAUAGUUGAAUAUAAUGAUGAUGUUCUCCCAGACUUUCAUGUAUUAUAAACAUAAUUAUUACACCAUGAUUUUAUUCCUGUCUUCAAAUCUUUAUGAUGCCGUUCUGGGAAAGAGUAAAACUACUCGCUGGAUAGGUUGAUGAAACUUGGUUGUUCUCGACUAGCUCAUUUAUUUUCAUUUUCCAUCAUCAAUUUUUUCAUCAUCAUUAAAUCACCAUUUUUGUCAUAACUACCGAUAUAUUUGUUUAAUGUUUGGUUAAUUGUUGUAACCAUAUUGAAGGAACAGUGUACUAAGUCAGAUUUUCAAUUGAAUUAGUUUAAAGUUUCCAUUGUAUUUAAAACUAAAGACCUGUCUGAGACAAUCACACAUUUGUUCAGUACAUGAUCAUACAUUUCUAUGGUAUUGAACAAAUAAAUAAAUUUAUGAUUGUGUGAACUGUUUUCCCAGCAAACUUGUAAGAAAUACUAGUCUUCAUUAGCCCAGUCAGAGCAGAACAGUAGGACUAAUGGUUAGCGUGGGUGCGACGUUGUAACAUAAGGUCUGUCAUUUAGUCAACUGACAUGGUUCUAUGUGACAAGGAAUAAGGUAGCCUGUCCAACUUUGUGUGUUUCCUCCCACUGCUAAAGACCCCUACGCGCAAGCGAAUUAUUGAAAUAAAAUUGAAUCAUGUUAGUCCUGAAAUAACCUAUUUUGUGUUGGGUGAACGUUAAACCCCAUCUCUCUCUCUCUAUCUAUCUAUCUCUCUCUCUCUCUCUCUAUCUAUCUCUCUCUCUCUCAUCAAUUUUAGCCUGUUAAAGAAAAGGAUUAUUUAAUUUGUUAGUGAAAACAAUGAUUCGAAAUGUCCCUACACAGUAUAUGAAUUUCAUUUUAAAAAAAAAAAACGGGGCAAAUGUUCACUAGUUUGCAGGUCAGGGUUCCUGUGGUUGUUUCCGGUUUCCUCCCACUGCUAAAGACCCCUACGCGCAAGCGAAUUAUUGAAAUAAAAAAAAAUUAACCGUAUGUUAGUCCCGAAAUGACCUAGUAUGUGUCGAGUGGACGUUAAACCCCAUUUCUCUCUCUCUCUCUCUUGUGGUUGUUCAACUAUCUCUUGACAUUCGACCUUGACCCAUGACCCUCCUGGUUCUUUUGAUACCCAGAUCUACAGUAUUUGGUAGACUAUAGUGACUCCCUUUCAAAUAAAAAAAAGUUUUGUGCUUGUUAUAAAAUGUACAAUAUUAACACAUUAUUGUAUAUUUGUAUUGUAUAUUAUGAUGUCUUUUGAAUUAUGAUGUAUACAUUUUGUGUAAAUAUUAUUUAUAAAUGAUAUUGCUACAUGUAUAUACAUGUAAUAGGAAUUCAACAGAAAAUAAAGAAAGAAAAUAAUUUGUA